AAGUAUGGGUUGCUGAAGACCUAAUUCUUUUUACUGAAAUAUAUCAGAGUGAACACUCAGGCUGUAGCUAUCUUUGCAUGUGUUUGUGACGGAUGCCAAUGGAGCGUGAUACGCUCAUCUUUUUGCGAGCACCUGGUAUCAUAACAGUUUGAUAGUGAUUAAUACGUAUGUACUAAUCAAAUAUUCGGAAUCGAACAAUGGAAUCUGCGUUAACAGAUGUUUCUCUGAUCAUGAGAAGGGUUUUCUGGCUUUUGUUCAAACGUAUUGUGACCAAGAAAAUUGGGCAAAAUGUUAUAACGAUACAUGAGAUAUGAAUGGAAUUGGGUAUCUUCAGAAAUUAUAUAAACUGUGAAAUAUAACAAACCAAGGGAAAACGCCCCAAUACCUUAAAAAUGCUGAGGGUCAAACUGAUAACGCGAUUCGGAUAGUUCACGGCCAGUGUGGCCUGUAAUACUGGUCAGGGUUAUGCAAACAAAUUUAAGACUUAACCCCUUAUCAGCCUAAACUAAUAAUCACAUGUACCACGCCUACACGCAUAUAUUGGUCAGGUUUGCUUCUUCAAACUAAACCGAACCCGUAAACACUUUUAUCAAGAGUGGCUCGGUCAAGUUCAGUUAUGCAAUUCUGUCGAGAUAAGUGUUACCAAAGUAACAUCAUUGACAACUUAAUCAGAAAAUGAGACCAUCCGCGAUAGCUCAGUCACACAUAACUCUGUGGCUAUUGUAUAAACUAUUAUUCACACAAGUAAGCAGCGUUCACUAUCUUUAUGUAGAAAGUCCUGACGGUACACUGAACAGUUCGGCAAUGUGGCUACAACCAGAUACUAUACGAAUGUUUCCCAAUGCCCAGUCCAUCUUGAGAGUGACAAGGGCAUCUUAUGCAACGUAGCACAGAGGAACGACAUCGUGCAGAGAUGGCAAGAGUAUUCUCAACACAUUGAAGUCCACACCGAUGGUAUCAAAUCUACAGAUUGCCUUCUUACCUAAGCAUCCAAAGACCUUUCCAUAUACUUCAAGAAUUUUCGAAAACCCCAAGACAUUCCUAGACACCGCAAGACCUUGUUUUCUCAAGGCCUUUAAGCGCAUCCCAAUACAUCCCAACGCAUUCCAAGACAGGCAUACCCGUCCCAAGAGAUUGGCAGGCAUCCCCAGAUUUCUCUGAGCAUCACAAACGUUUCCAACGCAUCAUAAACGCAUCCAAGCAUCACAAGACUCAUCCCUUGCAAAGACUCACUUGGAUCGAUAGCAAGAGAAACGAAUUAAAAUGGCCAGCAGACACAGCUUCCACAUCGUCGACUACGUGGUGUUCGGCGCCACCAUCCUCAUCUCACUGGGCAUAGGACUUUACUUUGCUAUGUCUGGCGGACGUCAGCGAACAACAUCCGAGUUUCUGGUCGGAGGACGUGCCAUGAAGUUUCUCCCCGUCGCUGUGUCGCUCAUGGUGUCGUAAGAGUCGUCGAUCAUGAUGUUGGGCUAUCCGGCAGAAGUAUACGUGUAUGGAGCUCAGCUUUUUAUAGCUAUUUUUGGUUUCAUGGCGGCAUUUCUGAUAUGCAGGGUGUUGAUGAUACCACUGAUUCAUCCCCUGAAACUUACAAGCGCUUACGAGUGACGGGAUUUCCCCAAACAGGGUCAGUCUUCCUGGUUGCAGCUGCCGCUAUUUUAUACACAGCCAUGGGCGGACUGAAAGCGGUCAUCUGGACUGAUGUCUUUCAGGCUGUCGUGAUGUUUGCGGGCAUGCUUUCCGUCAUCAUCAAGGGCACAAUUGACGCAGGUGGAAUCAAGGCUGUGUGGACCACUGCGGCUAAGGGAGGACGCCUGAAUUUCUUUAAUUUUGACAUGGACCCGACUGUCCGUCACACGUUUUGGGACUGUUUCUGGGGACAUUCGCUGAUCUUCAACCAGUCCACUAUACAGAGGGUCUGUUACACGCCAACACUCGCAGUAUCCAAGAAAAUGGACGCCUUCCCAAAGUGUUCUGUCUGUCAGCAGCAGUUUACCCUGAAAGGUCCAGUCCCCUACUUACUGCCCUGUCUACACGCUGUGUGUGAGACGUGUGUGACAUCUGCAGCUGGUGGUGUGAUAUCAUGCUCUACAUGUCAGAGGGAGGUCAACCUCACAGACACAGGCCUCCAGAAGGAUGCAGCGAGACAGAAGGAAAUAUUCCACGUGACAGUCAAACAUCGCCCCACAGAGCUUCUCUGUACAAAUGAAGAUGACGGGAACCAGGCUGUGUGUUGGUGUCAGGAGUGUGAAGACUUCCUCUGUGAAUAUUGCCAGAACAUCCACAGCAGCGUCAAACUUACCAGGAAACAUGUACUUCAAAACUUCAGUGACAUGGCACCGACUGCUUCGAAUAUUCCAGCCUUCUGCAGUAUCCAUAAACACCACCCCCUUUAUCUGUUUGAUAAAAAUUGCAAGAAGUUAAUCUGUGCGAAAUGUAGGUUUGAUGACCACGCAGACCAUGAAGUUGUGGAGCUGGAUAUGGUUGCUGAUACUGUAACAAAACAGUUGAACCAUCAUACGGAUGAGCUAUCAAAGUUACAGGCUCGCCAGCAAUCACACAUGCAGAGCAUCAGACAGGGAACCGAAUCCACCGACAGAACAAACGGCUCUUUGAUAGAAACUAUUGGUCACACAUUCCAAUCUCUGAGAUCACAACUUGACCAAAGAGAGAUGGAACUUCUGAUCGAUCUUGAAAGUCAGACGAAGGAGACCAAGGCAACUCUACAUGCCCAUCUCUUCACCUGUGAAGAAGAAUGGAAGACAUGCACUGGGCUUUAGACUACAUCGCCAAAGUCUUCCUCUAUGCCUCGAAGUCAGACCUCGUGGAACU